AUGGCGACACCGCUACACGCCCAUCCGACGCCCACGUAUGGCUCGGACAAGGAGAAGACGCCUGGCGUGGCGGAUCUGCCCCCACGCCUCUCCCUCUCUGGCUCUGGCGACGGCCUCCCGAGCGUCUCCAAGCGUGAUGGCACACACCGUAUGCUCAAGGCGCGGCAUAUCCAGCUCAUCGGUAUCGGCGGCACCAUUGGCACCGCACUAUUUGUUCAAAUCGGCCAAGGUCUCCUUAACGGUGGACCAGGCUCGCUGCUGAUCGCUUUCUCCUUCUGGUGCUCCUUUGUGCUCGCCGUGACCAUGUGCAUGGCUGAAAUGGUGACGUACCUGCCAAUCUCCUCGCCGUUUAUCCGCUUCGCCGGCCGCUACGUCGACGAGGCGUUCGGCUUCGCGGCGGGCUGGAACUUUUUCAUCUUCGAGGCCGCCCUCGUGCCCUUUGAGAUUGUGGCCUGCAACCUCAUCCUGCAGUACUGGACCGACGCCAUCCCCGUCGCCGCCGUCAUCGUCAUCGUCUCCGUUCUCUACCUGCUCAUCAACGUGCUGGCCGUCAAGUACUACGGCGAGACCGAGUUCUGGGCCGCCAUUGGCAAGGUCCUGCUCAUCAUCGCCCUCAUCCUCUUCACCUUUGUCGUCAUGCUCGGCGGCAAUCCAAAGGGCGACCGCUUCGGCUUCCGCUACUGGUACUCGCCCGGUGCCUUUGCGGAACUCUACUACACGGGCGCCCUGGGGAAGUGGCUGGGCUUCCUGCAGUGUCUCAUCCAAGCCUCCUUCACCAUUGCCGGGCCCGACUACGUCUCCAUGGCUGCUGGUGAAGCCGAGAACCCCCGCCAGGUCCUCCCGCGCGCUUACAACGCUGUCUUCUACCGCCUCACCAUCUUCUUCGUCCUCGGUGCGCUCUGCGUCGGCAUCCUCGUGCCGCACGACUCGGAGGAACUCGAGGGCGCGCUGGGCGAGGGCAAGCCAGGCGCCGCCGCCUCGCCCUACGUCGUGGCCAUGCGUCGUCUGGGCAUCGGCGUCUUCCCCCACAUUGUCAACGCCCUCAUCCUGACAUCGGCCUUUUCGGCCGGCAACUCGUACGUCUACUGCGCCUCGCGCUCGCUGUACGGUCUGGCGCUCGAGGGCAAGGCGCCGCGCUUCCUGACCAUCUGCACACGCCAGGGUCUGCCCAUCUACUGCGUCCUCUUUGUGCUCGGCAUCGGGCUGCUGUCCUUUUUGCAGCUCUCCGAGAGCUCGGCCGUCGUCCUCAACUGGCUGGUGUCCCUGGUCACGGCCUCGCAGCUGAUCAAUUUCGCCGUGACGUGCGUGGCCUACAUGUGCUUCCACCGGGCGCUCAAGGCGCAGGGGGUCAGUCGCGACACGCUGCCCUACAAGGCGUGGUUUAUGCCGUAUGCGGCUUGGUACGGCUUCAUUGGAACGUUUACAAUGAUCUUUGUGGGAGGCUACACGGUUUUCCUGCCGCUGGAGGGCAUGUGGAGCGUUCCCGACUUUUUGUUCUCGUACACGAGCGUGUUCGCCUUUCCCAUCUUCUACCUCGGCUGGAAGUUUUAUCACAAGACGAAGCUGUUCAAGCCGCACGAGGUGGAUCUCGUGAGGGAUCUGGAUGCCAUCGCGGAGUAUGAGCAGAACUUUGUGCCGGAACCUGCCGCAAACCCUGCGACCCGCAUCUUGGACAAGGUCUUUGGUUAA